AUGGCUCCUGUUACCAAAAUUUCAUCGUCAUCGUCUCGAUCAUCGAUAACAGAUUCUUCAAUAUUAUCAAAGACAAACAGUUCUUUUCCUGAAGACCAUUUCUCUCAAGAAUUGACAGAGAAGCUCCAAUACAUAAUGGAACAAGAAGGAAUAGAAUUCCAUGACUUCAAUCAUCAAUCAAUGAUGCCAAAUAAUCAUUUUAUCUCAUCAAAUAAUGAAAUAUGCUUUUCUAAUUUUCAAAUACCUCAGUAUGAAUCAUCAGGACAUCAAAAACUACGUCCUCCACCGCCACUUGAUAUUGACUUAUUAUCAAAAACUUCACCCGGUGACCAAAUUUUAUCACCUGCUGAAUUUGAUGCUAUUUUCGCUUCUUUUUCUGCCAUAGCUGGCGAGCCAGAUGACUGUGAGUUCGAUUGUUUGUCAUCCACUUCAACUGAUGAUACAUGUGCGCUCUUGGACGAUGAGAAAUUAUCACAUGCUCUUGAUUCAAUUUCAAUUUAA